GUCAAUAGGGUAGCAGAAAUAUACUCUAAACGCUUUUUAGCCCAAGGACCCCAUAGCUAAAAGAGAGACAGAGCAGGGACACCCUACUACACACACAAACAUAUAUAUAUAUAUAUAUAUAUAUAUUUUUUUUUUUGGUUCUCAUUUAUUUGAAUGUAUUUCUUUGAUUGUUUCAAGUUAAUAAAAUCAUUUUUGCUAGUCUCAGGACCUUCUGGACCACCUUAAGGGACAGUUAGGAGUCCCCUUACCGCACUUUGAGAACCACCUGUCAUGUGUUAAUGAGUCUCUGUGUCCAAAGCUGCACUCUGCAGUCUGUUUGUCUGUCUCUCUCUCUCUCUGUCAGUCUGUGUGUGAGCAGGUCAUCCACUGAAGUAUGUGUAUGUAUGUACUGUAUAUGUGUUUAUGGGAGGAUAUAUAUAUAUAUCUAUAAAGCUUUAGUUUUGAAGGCCUCCCAGUUUCGUCUGCUGCCUCUCACACUUUGCAUAGAGACCGUCCGUGCUUCCGGUCCUUUUUUCGAACUUGCAGGCUCUGACUAUAAUGCAAGUUAACUUUUACUUCCUUGUACACACAGAUAGAGGAACUGACCGUUUUGCGGCUGGCGUUUUGUCAACACUCUACAUCCUCUCCAGCUUCAUUUCAUGACUUUCAAAUCAUGAGCAGAUAGGAAACAAGCGGCAACUUUGCAGAGCUGAAAAUAUCGAAGUCCCUUGUAAGCUGCAGAGAUGGCUUCCAAGGAGCAACUGGGCGAGAUGACGGAGUACAAGAAGAUCCUGAUCAAACGGGAUUUGGAGAUGGGCGUGGUCAUGACGGUGUUUCGCCAGAAGACAGAGCGGCUCACUGUCCAGGUCAUCAUGGAGACCCGGCAGGUGGCGUGGACACGCACUGCAGACAAAACCGAUGGUGUCUUGGACCUGUUUGAGAUCCGAGAGAUCCGUCCAGGGAGGAACGCCAAGGACUUUGAGCGCUUUAAAGAUGGCAAGGACAAACACGAUGAAAACAGCUGCUUCACCAUCUUCUACGGCUCACAGUUUGUUCUCAACACCCUCAGUCUGGGAGCUGACUCGGUUGAAGAGGCACAGAAAUGGCAGAAAGGACUAGAAUUACUGAGGCAAGAGACACUGGACGCUCCGACUCCAGUUCUUAUAGAGAGUUGGCUGAGGAAGCAGAUGUAUUCUGUCAAUCAGACCAAAACAAACAGCAUCUCCAUGAAGGAGCUGAAGUCUCUGCUAGCUUUGCUCAACUACAAGGCCCCCAGCUCUCGUAUUCUCAAAGACAAAUUCCAGGAAGUGGGAGCAAAGAAAGACCGCCUGGACUUUGAGCAGUUUCAUAAAUUGUACAACAUUAUAAUGUUUGAACAGAAUGAGAUCCUUGCUGAGUUCAAAAAGGAAUCAUGUGCUUUCAUUCUGGGUAACACAGAUAAGCCAGAUGCCUCAGCAGUUCUGCUCCAUGACUUCCAACGAUUCCUCAUCUACCAGCAAAAGGAAUCGUGGGCCAGUGACCUGAACCAAGUCAGAGAACUGAUGACCACCUUCAUCGAUGACACCAUGAGGAAAACCAACGACCCGGAGUUCACCGUCAGCGAGUUCCUCAGUUUCCUCUUUUCCAAGGAGAACUCUGUGUGGGAUGAGAAGUUCUCCGGGAUCAGACACCAGGACAUGAACAACCCUCUGUCUCACUACUGGAUCAGCUCCUCACACAACACCUACCUGACAGGUGAUCAGAUUCGUAGUGAGUCCUCCACAGAGGCUUAUGUGCGAUGUCUGCGCCUGGGAUGCCGCUGUGUUGAAUUGGACUGCUGGGAUGGGCCCGGGGAGCCAAUCAUCUACCACGGCUGGACCAGGACCACCAAGAUCAAGUUUGAGGAUGUGGUCAAAGCCAUAAACGAUCAUGCUUUUGUAACGUCAGAGUUCCCAGUGAUCCUGUCCAUAGAGGAGCAUUGCUCCAUAGAUCAGCAGCGUCAGAUGGCUCGGAUCUUCAGAGACGUGUUUGGAGACAAACUGCUGAUUGAGCCUGUGGAGCAGAUGGCUGAGCAGCUUCCUUCACCUACACAGUUAAAGGGCAAGAUCAUACUCAAGCACAAGAAGCUCAGUGUGGAGGGAGGAGGAUUCAGUAAAGACUUCAGGAAGGGCCAGAAACAGGGAGAUCUGGAGAUCUGGGACCCUGUGGACCAGCGGUGGAACACGCACUUCUGUGUGAUCUCGGAUGACAAGCUGUACUACGCAGAGGAGCACGAGGAGGAGAAUGAAGAUCCAAGGAAGUGUUGUUCUUGUGUUUCUCAGUUCCAGGACAUGCACUGUUCAGAGCCGUGGUUCCAUGGUCGCAUGAAGGAGGGCAGGCUGAUGGCCGAGCAGCUGAUCCGGGAUUACUGUGCGGAGCCUGGGGCGAAGGACGGCACCUUCUUGGUCCGACAGAGCGACACUUACGUCACAGACUACACCCUCUCCUUCUGGCGCAGUGGGAGGGUCCAGCACUGUCGUAUUCGCUCAGGUUCAGAGGGGGCACACACUUACUUCUACCUGACGCCGAACCUGCACUUUCCCAGCGUGUACUCCCUGAUCUAUCACUACAAAGAAAACCCGCUGCGCUGCCAAGACUUUGAACUGCGUCUCACUGACGCUGUGCCAGUGCCCAACCCACACCUACAAGAGGGGUGGUUCUACAGUAAUCUGAGCAGAGGUCAGGCAGAGGAUUACCUACUGAGGAUUCCUAGAGAUGGAGCUUUCCUCAUCCGACAGAGAGAAGGAGAACCAGACUCCUUCGCCAUCACAUUCAGAGGUGACGGUAAGGUGAAACACUGUCGGAUCCAGAAGGAGGGCAACAUGUACCUGCUGGGCACCACCACAGAGUUUGAAAGCCUUGUGGAGCUGGUCAACUACUUCAAGAAGAAGCCACUGUAUCGCAAGAUCAAGCUCCAUUACCCAGUCACCACCAAGCUGGUUGACCGCUUCAGCACAGAGAAAGACUGUGCCUCUGUGUAUAUGGGGAAGAUAUACGUGGAACCCACUGAGAUUGAGCCCUCACUGCCUCAAAGUACAGUUAGAGCCAUAUAUGGCUACCAGGCUGUGAAGUCAGAUGAGCUCAGCUUCCGUAAAGGAGAUUUGAUAUACAAUGUUACAAAGGAGAUUGAUGGAUGGUGGAGAGGUGACCACGGUGGAAGGUUGCAGCAGUUCUUCCCAGCUAACUACGUGGAGGAAGCGUGCAGCAACAGCAAACCUGAGACCAAAGGACAGGACAUGGAAGACAACCCACUAGGUGAACUAUGUAAGGGUGUUGUGGACAUCUCCAAGUGCAACAUCCAAAACUUAAAGAAUGGUAAAAAUGGGAAGCCCAACGUGUUGACCCUGCAGGACAAGGAGGAGGACAGUCUGCAGUUUGACCUGGCAGCCAGCUCUCUGGAGGAGCUCUUUGAAUGGUACCAAGUGGGCUGGGACAUUACUCAGAGAGAGAUGAGCAUAAAGUAUAACAGGGAACAAGAGAUCAGACAGCAGGUGGAAGUGGAGAAGAAGGCAGUGGUUGCCAUGGAGAUGUCAGACCUGGUGGUCUACUGUCAGCCGCGCAGCAAGGAGAAGGACCGCUUUGACGGUUACAGCUACAAAGAGGUCCGCUCCUUUGUGGAGAACAAGAUACCAGGAAAGAGCCGCACCAAGGACUUCCUGCAGUACAACCGCAAGGCUCUGAGUCGCAUCUACCCAAAAGCCCAGCGUGUGGAGUCCUCCAACUAUGACCCUUACCCACUGUGGGCUGUUGGCAGUCACAUGGUGGCUCUCAACUUCCAGACUGCAGAUAAAUACACUCAGUUGAACAGCGCCCUCUUCAGUCUGAAUGGAUGUACGGGGUACGUACUGCAGCCGGAGCUCAUGCGCUAUGACAGCUACGACCCCUACCAGGAGAAGAAGAAGCUCAAGUACAACAUUGCAGUUAGGGUGAUUGCUGCCAGACACCUUCCUAAGCCCGGCCGCAGCAUCGCCAGUCCGUUCGUGGAGAUCGAGCUGUGUGGGCACACAGAAGAGAAGUCCAAGACCAUAGUCUAUCGCGAUAACGGUCUGAACCCGGUGUGGAAAUCCCCAGCAGACUCUGUAGUCUUCACCGUGUACGAGCCUGAGCUCACCUUCCUGCGCUUUGUGGUCAACGAGGAGGACAUGUUCUCAGACCCCAACUUCCUGGCUCAGGCCACAUUUCCUGUCAAAGGCAUCCGCUCAGGUUACCGCUCUGUACCGCUAAAGAACGGCUACAAUGAAAACUUAGAGUUAGCCUCGCUGCUGGUCUACAUCAACGUCCAACAAGCAGUGAAAGCAGAGGAGGAGCUGUACUCGUCCUCCAGCCAGCUGAGGAAGAAGCAGGCGGAGGUCAGCAGCGAGCUUUUCCUGUACGACACGCACACCCCCAAUCAGCGCUCCACCCUCCCCCGCCAACACAACCCGCUGGUGAGGGAGGGCAGCACUGGCGAGAACCACAGGACAAAAGAAAAGAAGAUUAACAACAGUAAGUUCUACUCGUGAGGACUCAGCAGACCUCAGCGGGGGACGAAUGCUGACUAGAACAUCAGCUCUAGGUGCUGAGUCACGGGAUUGGGGUUUGUGCAGUUAAGAGUUUUCCUAACUGUGACAUGUUAUCAUUUUUAAUUUUCAUGCCAAAAAUACUUUUCUAUUUAUUUAAGAUUAAGAAACAUGUGGUCUUAAUAUUUCCUCAAAUAUGGAAAUAUUGG